CGAAAAAGAAUAUACCCCAAAUAGAAAACUCUCAAUUUCCUCUGCAUCGUCUUCACGCAGCAGUGGUUCUACGUCACACAAAAAAUUAAAAAGUAAUAAUGGAACAUCACAUAUACCAUCUCCAGAACCAUAUAUUUUGGAGAACGGUACAAAUUCAACGACAGAAGCGGAACAUGACAACAAUAACCAUAGUCCGCAUGGUGUUCAAGCCGAAUCUGAUGUUAGUACAGUUAAUGCCUUCUAUCAAACACCUCCACAACUGAUGGCUCGUAAUGGAAAUGAAAAGAUUGAACCAAUGGUCAAUCCGACUACCAAGAAAAAUGACAUAAGUGUUCCUGCAAGUUCCUUAUCGACACCCGCCACUUGUGGACCAGCCAUCAUCGCUAAGGAUCCAAUGUAA